CUCUCAGGUGUUACCAUGGAAAUGGUGUUGCAUAAUGCUCCUGCUCAGGUGGAGCUGACCUGUUCUGUGUGUGAUGUCAUCGUUCAGGUGAGCGAGCGUUUCGCUCAGUACAUCGAUCAGAUGAUCCAGGCCAGCGGGGUGGCGUGCGGCAGCGUGGAGACUCUGGAGCGACUGCAGCAGUUUCUGGAGCCGAUGCUCUUUCUGUCUGGCCUGGAGCUCGCGAACACCUUUGAACACUUCUACAGGUACUACCUGGGCGACCGGCUGCUGGCUCAGGGGAACGUGUGGUUGGAGACUGCCGUGAUCGAUCAGAUUGGCAGCUGCUUCCCGAGUCGCUUCCCUCAGCAGAUGUUAAAGAACCUGAGCGAGUCGACCGAGCUGCAGCAGGAGUUUCACCUGUACCGCCUGCAGCAGCUGGACCGCUGCCUGCAGGAGCACGACCAGAUGAUGGAGGAGGAGUGGGCGGAGUCAGAGGAGGAGGCGGAGGUUCAGGUUCUGGUUCUGUCUCCGCGCUGCUGGGCCGUCUCCUCGCUCUGCUUCCUGGACGAACCUACCAAACAUUUUCCAGCUGAACUGUGCUCCUACCUGAACCAGUUCACCCAGUUCUACACACACAGUCAGUACAUGUACGGUCUCAGUCACUCGAAGCCUCGCCGGCUGCAGUGGACGUGGCUCGGUCACGCUGAGCUGCAGUUCGGCUGUUGGACGCUUCAUGUGUCGACACUGCAGAUGUUCAUCCUGCUGCAGUUCAACAGCCACGAGGAGGUUCGAGUUGACGCUCUGCUGCAGGCGACCGGCGUGUCAGCUGCCGUCCUGCUUCACGCUCUGCUGCCGCUCAUCAGCGAGGGAGGACCGCUGAUCUGCAGCCAGCCCAACGAGCCCGUCCAGGGUGUGUUGCAGCUGAACGAGCAGGUGACGUCCCGUAGCCAGGAGGGCGUCCCCGCCUCCGUCCAGCUGCUGCCCAAACAGACAUACCUGAACGUGGACGAGGACGCCGCCGGCACGCUGGAGAGGAAGAGGAACUACAUCUACUGUCUGAUCGUCCACAUCAUGAAGCAGGAGAAGGAGAUGCACAUCGACAACCUGGUCUUCAAGGUCCUGGACUCGUGUCAGAAACAUGAAGCGUCUCGCUUCAGCUGCAGCACCAGCGACGUGCUCUCCUGCAUCAUGCACGUCAUCAACAAAGGCUGCGUCCGCCGCAACGAGGACAACCCGCACAUCGUGGAGUUCCUGCCGGAGGACCCGUCCACGCCGCAGAAAGGCCAGGCCCAGUUCUCCUUCAGCCGGACCGAGAUCAGGAAGGACGCCGCCGACAGCGUGGCCGACAUCAGUCUUAUGUCGGCGCCGCGGCAGUUCGAGGACGGCGUCCUGGACGCGGUCCUGUUCUCGAUGGGUCGGACGAUGACACAGGAGGAGGUUCGUCAGCUGAUGCAGAGGACCGUCCAACAGGUGUCCGGGACUCUGAGUCUAGACCUGGACCGGGCCGAGCACCUCCUGGUUCACUGUAAGUGGAACGUGGACCUGCUGGUGCAGCGAUACACCGACGACCCCGACACCCUCAUCAUGGCCGCCGGCCUCAAGUUCCGAAACCCUCAGCCCCCGCCGAGCCCCGCCUCCACCUGCCCCGUCUGCCUGGGCCCCCGCACCCCCACCACGGAGCCGGUCCCAUCGCUGAGCUGCAUGCACUACUGCUGCCAGUCGUGCUGGCAGGAGUACCUGACGGCGAGGAUCGAGCAGAACCUGGUGAUGAAUUGUAACUGUCCAAUCACAGACUGCCAGGCUCAGCCCACCUCCCUGUUCUUCCUCAGCAUCCUCACCGACAAGGACACCAUUGCCAAGUAUGAGAAUGCCUUGCUCAGAGGCUACGUGGAGUGCUGCUCCAACCUGACGUGGUGCACCAACCCUCAGGGCUGCGAUCAGAUCCUCUGUAAGGAGAACAUGGGCAGCAUGGGGACCUGCUCCAAGUGCUGCUGGUCCUCCUGUUUCAGCUGCAACUUCCCAGAGGCCCACUACCCGGCCAGCUGCAGCCACAUGUCCCAGUGGAUGGAUGACGGAGGGUAUUAUGAAGGGAUGAGUAUGGAGGCUCAGAGCAAACACCUCGCCAAGCUCAUCUCCAAACGCUGCCCCAGCUGCCAGGCUCAGAUCGAGAAGAACGAGGGCUGUCUGCAUCAAACUUAGCGUUUAAAUGUUAAAAGGGCUUGCCAUACAUACUGUGUCACACUGUGUCAUUCAGAGGUUUAAUCAGUGCUGUUGUUGCAGGUGAGUAAAGCAGCGCGGCAGGAGAAGAAGUUCCAGGAUUAUAAUGAGAGAUGCACCUUCCACCACCAGGCCAAGGAUUUCGCUGUCAACCUGGAAAACAAAGUGUCGUCCAUUAAUGAAGCUCUGCAGAUGAAGUCUUUGACCUUUGUCAUCGACGCCUGUAAAGUCCUGGCCCAGGCUCGUAAGGUGCUGGCAUACUCCUGCGUGUACAGCUACUACAACCAGGAGACGGAGAAGAUGGAUGUGAUGGAGCAGCAGACGGAGGCUCUGGACCUGCACACCAACGCCCUGCAGAUCCUGCUGGAGGAGACUCUGCUGCAGUGCACUGAUCUGGCCUCGUGUGUCCGCCUGCUGAAACCAGAACAUCUGAACACCGGACUGGAACUGAUCCGACGCAUCCAGGAGCGCCUGCUGGCCAUCCUGCAGCACUCCACCCAGGACUUUAGGGUGGGUUAUCAGUCCAAGAGCAGUCAGGAACCAGAAUCCACUCAGGCCUCCAACCUGUCCAACAACACAGACGCCAACAAAGUGUCGAAGUCGGAACGAGCGUCUGACUCCGGAGACUCCGAUAACAACAAUAACACGGGUGAGGAGGGCGGCGAGGAGGCGGAGGACGAGGACGACGAGUACGACGAAGAGUACGUCCCUGAGUGGCACGAGGACUAUGACGAGGACGACAUCGACGAGGACGACUUCUUCUCCGACGACGACGAGUCCGAGAACUUGGAGAGGGACUUCAGCCCCUUCGACUGAACCGGACGGAAAAACAAACGUUCCAGAGUCGAAGGAAGAGAUGGAGGACGAGUCGGGCCCCGCCACGGCCCCGCCCCCUCCUCAUGACCAUCCACCGCCACCUGAGAACAUCAGGAAGGACGGGAGACGAUCAGAGGGACGUCCUCCUUCACCUGAACCCCCCCUCCCCCCCAGCUGCACUCGCUUUUCCACUUACUGUAUUUUACUUCUGUGUUUUCAUAAAAUCAGUGUAUGGAAGACGACGAGGGUCACGGGAAGGAAAAAUAUUUCAGUUCAGAGAGAAAAAAAUUUGACUUCAAAUCUCAUUAAAUGAGUAUAAAGUGUUUUUACUCACUAGUCUGAAAGCACCUAAAACUAGUUUAAAACUAGUUUAAACUUAUUUUAUUACCAGUUCAAACCCAAUUGGAAACCAGUCUGAAACUGGUGCAUACCAAGUUGUCUUCAGUCUAAAGUUGAACAAUCUAAAACCAGUGUAAACCCAGUCCAAAAGUUAAAAACCAGUUUGAUUGUGGGCUGAAGUGAAAAAUACAGUUUGAAACCAGUUUAUUAGAUUUUAAUUUAGUCGACUUUCUUUUGUGACAAUCAGACAUUAUACUUUUUCUUUCUCUGAUGAUUUUAUGACUUUAAUCUUUUUUUUCUCUUCUUCGUGGCCCGUUGCGUCUUCCGUACCGAACCACCUGGUUGUGGAUCUCGGUGGUUUUGGUGUCACUUUCUGUCCGACAGCGAUGAAGGAUCUUUCCAGAGGAAGUCUGUUAGUUUGUUAUCUUCACAGAACAAAAUGUUUGUUUCCUGCUGCUGCUUUGUGACGAGUAAAAACCAGAAAAAAGGGAUUAGUAAUCCGGAGACUUAGUCCACAUUCAUCUGUUCAUUUAUUGUUUCUCGUCACGCGUUCUGCCUUGAUUUUUUUUCGCUGAUGGACGUUGCCUUCGUUUGAGAUUAAAGUAGAGAAGAUUAGAAACACGUCACUUCCUCUGUAACUGUUCCAGAUCACAACAGUUUUUUUUACACGUUUGUAGAGUUGGAUGUUUCUAUGCAUCUGAAGAGAGUCUGAGGGUUUUUAAACCCUGAGCAGAUGUCUGUAGGAUGUCUGUAAGUAUCACUGCAAUAACUGAUCGAUCGAUUAUUGGCUCACUGUUGCAUCAUUUGCUGAGCAAAGACUGUCGCCGGCUCCGUUUCCUGUCUUUACAAAGGGCGCGUUAGGAUGAGGUUUUGGGUUUAGGAUAUCUGAUAUUCCAACUCCCUGUUUUGCUGUAAUUUUGAGAGAUCCUAUAUUCAUAAUGUUGACGUUCUAUAAUGUUCUUUCUGGUUUCUUUGCUGUCGUCGAGCGACUUCAGCCAGCAAACUAAAUAAAAGCUUUUUCUGCUGCAAGACGACUCUGCUUUCAUGCUCUAAUAAAACAUUUUAUUUUAAACGUC